CAACAAAACGUCAUUUUGACAUAAACAUAACCUCAAAAAAUCUAGUAUUUAAAAAACAAUAUUUAUCACGAGCAGAGAAACUCCUGUAUAAAAUGUCCAAAAUACCUAUUUUAUUAAAUUACGUGUCUAAAAGGGGCAUAUCCCUUACAGCACCUAGAGAAGGUAAAAGAAAUUUCCGAAAAUUCGUGAUCCCAAACAAAAGAGGUUCGCGCAUUCACAAAAACCAGCAGAUAUCCGAAAACAGACAACUUGAAGUCGACCACAGAGGAGUACGGGCAGUUGGCUACACGCUAGAUGGCAAAUUCGUUACUGUACCAGAAAUGAUACCGGAAUUGAUUGUGCCCGACCUAAAAGACUUCCGGUUGAAACCCUACGUCUCUUACAAGUCGCCUGAUGUGAUUCAAAGCGAGUUCACGGCGCAACAACUCUUCGACGCAGUCUACAGUAAGAAGAUUGUAUUGGACUACAAAGCUGGCAAGCUUGAUGCUGAAGGCAACUCUAUAGAACCAUCUGAAGAAGAAAAACUAAACCCUGAUGAGGCUGUUGCUAAAGCGAAACGAACUGGAUCCGAUAUAUUUUAGUAAUUUUAUGUUAUUAUAGAAUAGUUCUUAAUAGUUGUACAAAUAAAGGGAAUUUUCAUUGUAACAAUUAGUGUCAUAAAAGCAAA